UCUCAGUCAUCGUCGUCCGGUUGCAGCUCCUCCCUCCUGCAGAAGCGAGCAGCACCUCCAUUCAAACCCAUCCAAACUCAAGGCAUGAGCGUCUGCUCUCUCCCGUAGAGCUGCUGCUGAUCACCUGCCUGAAAAAUAAACCUAAACUCCCUUGAAACCUCCGAUAAGAAGCGGACUAAACAAUUCUGGCCCUAAACACACUCACAAGUGGCUCACCUGACUGCAAACAUGGCGAGUGCCUCCUACCACAUCUCUAAUCUUUUGGAGAAAAUGACAUCCAGCGAUAAGGAUUUCAGAUUCAUGGCCACCAAUGACCUGAUGUCCGAGCUGCAGAAAGACUCCAUAAAGCUGGAUGACGAUAGCGAGCGAAAGGUGGUCAAGAUGAUCCUAAAGCUCCUGGAGGACAAAAACGGAGAAGUUCAGAAUCUAGCUGUAAAAUGUUUGGGCCCGCUUGUCAGCAAAGUAAAGGAAUACCAGGUGGAAACCAUCGUCGAUACGUUGUGCACAAAUAUGUUGUCAGAUAAGGAGCAGCUUCGGGACAUUUCCAGCAUUGGCCUCAAGACGGUGAUCGGAGAGCUCCCUCCAGCAUCAAGCGGCUCAGCGCUUGCUGCUAGCGUUUGCAAAAAGAUUACAGGUCGCCUCACAAGUGCCAUCGCUAAGCAGGAGGACGUGUCUGUUCAGCUGGAGGCGUUGGACAUCAUGGCAGACAUGCUGUGCAGACAAGGAGGCCUCCUAGUGAAUUUCCAUCCUUCGAUCCUGAGCUGUCUGCUGCCUCAGUUGACGAGUCCACGUCUCGCUGUGAGGAAGAGGACCAUCAUCGCCCUGGGGCACCUGGUCAUGAGCUGCGGAAACCUGGUCUUUGUCGACCUCAUCGAGCACUUACUGUCCGAGCUCUCGCGCAACGACUCCAUGUCGACCACACGCACUUACAUCCAAUGCAUCGCCGCUAUCAGCAGGCAGGCUGGACACAGAAUCGGUGAGUACUUGGAGAAGAUCAUCCCAUUGGUGGUCAAGUUCUGCAACAUUGAUGAUGAUGAACUGAGGGAAUACUGCAUCCAAGCUUUCGAAUCGUUCGUGAGGAGGUGUCCAAAAGAAGUCUACCCACACAUCCCGACAGUCAUUAGCAUCUGUCUGAAGUACCUGACCUACGAUCCCAACUACAACUACGAUGACGAGGAUGAAGAUGAGAACGCCAUGGAUGCUGACGGAGUAGAUGAAGAUUACCAAGGAAGCGAUGAUGAGUACAGUGACGAUGAUGACAUGAGUUGGAAAGUGAGGAGAGCAGCAGCGAAGUGCCUGGAUGCUGUGGUGAGCACACGGCACGAGAUGCUACCCGAGUUCUACCGCACCGUUUCGCCAGCGCUCAUCGCCCGCUUCAAAGAACGGGAAGAAAACGUCAAAGCGGAUGUUUUCCACGCGUACCUGUCACUGCUCAAGCAGACACGGCCAGCUCAGAGCUGGCUAUGUGACCCAGAUGCUAUGGAACAGGGGGAAACUCCUCUUACGAUGCUUCAAAGCCAGGUGUCCAUGAUAGUGAAAGCGUUGCACAAACAGAUGAAAGAGAAGAGCGUUAAGACCAGACAGUGCUGCUUCAACAUGCUGACAGAACUAGUGAACGUGCUGCCAGGCGCCCUGACUCAGCAUAUUCCUGUUCUCAUCCCAGGAAUCAUAUUUUCUCUCAACGAUAAGUCGAGCUCUUCUAACCUGAAGAUAGACGCUCUGUCCUGCUUGUACGUGAUCCUUUGCAACCAUCAGCCUCAAGUCUUCCACCCCCACGUUCAGGCUAUAGUGCCUCCGGUAGUCGCUUGCGUAGGGGAUUCCUUUUAUAAGAUCACCUCCGAAGCCCUGCUGGUCACCCAGCAGCUGGUCAAAGUCAUCCGGCCCCUCGAUCAAACUGAUGCCUUCGCAUCCCCCUACAUCUCUGACCUCUUUGCCUGCACCAUCAAACGGCUUAAGGCUGCCGAUAUUGACCAGGAAGUCAAAGAGCGAGCCAUUUCCUGUAUGGGCCAGAUUAUUUGCAACCUCGGUGAUAGCCUCGGUGCGGAUUUACCCGGCACUCUUCACAUCUUCCUAGAGCGUCUGAAGAACGAGAUAACAAGGCUCACCACGGUCAAAGCACUUACCCUCAUCGCUGGGUCGCCGCUGAAGAUCAACUUGAGACCCAUCCUGGGCGAAGCCGUUCCCAUUCUAGCCUCCUUCCUGCGUAAGAAUCAGCGAGCGUUGAAACUAAGCACUCUGGCCGCACUAGACAUUCUAGUCAAGAAUUAUAGCGACAGUGUGACGCCGGCCAUGAUCGACGCUGUGCUGGCUGAGCUGCCGCCUCUUAUCAAUGAAAGCGACAUGCACGUCUCCCAGAUGGCUAUUAGCUUCCUGACCACGCUCGCACGGGUGCACCCGGAUUCGCUGUCAAAGAUCAGCGGCUCCAUCUUGGUCGAGCUCAUAGCUUUGGUUCGUUCGCCGUUGCUGCAAGGCGGAGCCCUUAGCGCCAUGCUGGAAUUCUUCCAGGCCCUCGUAGCCACAGGAACGGCCAGUUUGGGCUACAUGGACUUGCUACGUAUGCUAACGGGUCCAGUGUACGCCCAAAGCACAGCUCUCACCCACAAGCAAUCCUAUUACUCCAUCGCAAAGUGCGUGGCCGCUCUGACCCGGGCUUGCCCCAAAGAGGGCCCAGCAGUGGUGGGGCAGUUUAUCCAAGACGUGAAAAACUCACGCUCCACAGAUUCCAUCCGACUGCUGGCGUUGCUUUCCCUGGGAGAGGUCGGUCAUCACGUGGAUCUCAGCGGCCAACCUGAGCUUAAAACGGUCAUCCUGGAUGCGUUUUCUUCAGCCAGCGAAGAGGUGAAAUCGGCAGCCUCGUAUGCGUUGGGUAGCAUCAGCGUUGGAAAUCUCCCGGAGUACCUACCAUUUGUCCUGCAGGAGAUCUCCGGACAGCCCAAGCGACAGUACCUGCUGUUGCACUCGCUCAAGGAGAUCAUCAGCUCCGCAUCAGUGGCAGGACUCAAACCGUACGUGGAAAGUGUGUGGGUGCUGUUGCUCAAACACUGCGAGUGUGCAGAAGAAGGCACGAGGAAUGUGGUAGCCGAAUGUUUGGGAAAGUUAACGCUCAUCGAUCCAGAGACUCUUCUGCCCAGGCUAAAGGGAUAUCUGUUAUCAGGAUCAUCCUACGCCAGGAGCUCAGUAGUCACGGCUGUUAAAUUCACUAUCUCUGAUCAUCCGCAGACGAUUGACCCCCUUCUUAAAAAUUGCAUAGGUGAUUUCUUGAAAACGUUAGAAGAUCCCGACCUCAAUGUAAGAAGAGUGGCUCUAGUUACCUUCAACUCGGCAGCGCAUAACAAACCUUCUCUUAUCCGAGACCUGUUGGACACGGUUCUCCCUCAUUUGUACAAUGAGACCAAAGUGCGCAAGGAACUAAUCAGAGAGGUGGAGAUGGGUCCAUUCAAACACACGGUGGAUGAUGGCCUGGACAUACGGAAAGCUGCGUUUGAGUGCAUGUACACUCUGUUAGACAGCUGCCUUGAUAGACUUGACAUCUUUGAAUUCUUAAACCACGUUGAAGACGGACUUAAGGACCAUUACGAUAUCAAGAUGCUGACAUUUCUCAUGCUGGCCAGAUUAUCUAGUCUGUGUCCUAGUGCAGUGUUGCAGAGGUUGGACAGACUCGUAGAGCCUCUCAGGGCAACAUGUACCACAAAGGUAAAGGCCAACUCUGUAAAGCAAGAGUUUGAGAAGCAGGACGAGCUCAAGCGAUCGGCCAUGCGGGCAGUCGUGGCCCUGCUGACGAUCCCAGAGGCCGAAAAGAGCCCCCUAAUGAGCGAAUUCCAGUCUCAGAUCAGCUCCAACCCCGAGCUAGCCGCCAUUUUCGAAAGCAUCCAGAGGGACUCCUCCAGCGCCAACAUGGAAUCCAUGGACACCAGUUAAAUGACCACGCCAACGACAGCGCCUGUCACCGUCGCUCUCAAAACAUCCACAAAGAAAACCAACCCUGGGGGACCCUUGUAUUGUUCAUGCAUUGCACUGAAUCCAAAAUAGGAGGAAAACAAAAAUCUCAAAUCAAAAAAAGAAAAAAAUAUAUGAAAGGACGGACAUUUAUUCUAAUAAGCUUUAAAGCUUAGUACCACAUCAUUUGUGUUUUUCUAUAAAUGACCGAAACUUGCUUCAGUUGUUCAUUGUUUUCCAUUCCUCACCUACCAUGUUUUUUCUUUUCCUGUUUAUUUUCAUGAUUCCAGAGGAUCCAUAGGUACCUCCACACGUGACUUUCAGAGGUGCGCAGCUGAGGAACCAGCUCGCCUGAAAUGAAUUGAUGAUGUAGAAAUGGACCGCAGUAUUUGUGUUACCGUGGGAGAUUCGCUCUUUCGUUCUAGACUGCAGACCAGUCAAAUUGGGGGUAAACGAUAGCACUCGACGGCUUUGAAUAUUUCAGGACCGCCAUGUUUCUUAUCAAACCAGUUUUAUUAGGUUUUUGUACGAUUCGAAUGUCAUCUCUUCUCUUUUUACUGUUGACAAAUAUAGAGCGAGAGAACGGACUUAGAAAUAUUAUCCUGGAGAGGUGUGGAUUAGUUAGCGUUUCAUUGGAUGAGUGCUUUUUUUCUUCAUUGCAUUUCAUUACAUUCCCCCCUUCUGCGAAAAUUAUGAGUCAUCGGCAUGCGCCACGCGUCCAGAGAAACAAGAAUUCAGCUGCACACGAUUUGCAUAAUAGUUUUCUUGUUUACCUGAUGACAGUUUUGUUUGGCUCAAGCAUAUAGAGGUCAAAUAUGACAUCAGACGUUAUGAGAAAAUAUUUGCUCUGUAUGGAACGCACAUAUGUGAAUAAAACAAGUGGAAAAUC